AAAUAAUGCAGCAGGGGAAGGAGGCGGCAGAUGCGCAGCGCUGAGCAGGUCGCAGUUGCAGAAGCAGUAGAAAAAUCGCAGGGGCAUUGUACCUACAGGAUCUGAUUGGCCAUGCCUUUCCUUGGGCAGGACUGGAGGUCCCCUGGGCAGAGCUGGGUGAAGACUGGGGAUGGCUGGAAGAGGUUUCUGGAGGAGCAGAGUCAUUUUAUCAGUGACAUCAACAGCUAUUGCAACACUGAGCGCAAUAAAGAGAACAUGCUGAAUAAUCUGAAUUACGACAUCGCUGUUAAAAAGAGGAGGAAGGAUCUGCUGAACAACAACACCAAGAUCCAGUAUCUCCACCAGGAGAAAUGGAUCUACGUGCACAAAGGUAGUACCAAAGAGAGGCACGGCUACUGUACCCUUGGUGAAGCCUUCAAUCGCUUGGACUUUUCAAGCGCUAUCCACGAUUCCAGAAAGUUCAACUAUGUGGUUCGACUACUGGAAUUGAUCGCCAAGUCCCAGCUUACGUCCCUGAGCGGCAUCGCCCAGAAGAACUACAUGAACAUUUUGGAAAAGGUUGUCCAGAAAGUGCUGGAAGAUCAGCAGAAUAUCCGCCUGAUCAAGGAGCUGCUGCACACCCUCUACACGUCCCUGUGCACUCUGGUCCAAAGGGUGGGCAAGUCUGUUCUGGUUGGGAACAUUAACGUCUGGUUCUACAGGAUGGAAACUAUUGUUGACUGGCAGCAUCAGCUGAACAACAUCCAGAUCACCAGGCCUUCUCUCAAGGGAACGACCUUAACCGAUCUGCCCUUGAGCCUCCAGCUGAACAUCAUGCAGAGGUUAGCCGACGGGAGAGACAUUGUCUGCCUGGGACAGGUGUCGUCAGAUUUGCAAGUGCUCAGCGAGGACCGACUGCUGUGGAAAAAGCUUUGCCAGUAUCACUUUACAGAGCGCCAGAUCCGCAAAAGGCUCAUCAUAUCAGACAAGGGGCAACUGGACUGGAAAAAAAUGUAUUUUAAGCUGGUCCGGUGUUACCCCAAGAGGGAGCAGUACGGACAGACCCUGCAGCUUUGUCGCCAUUGUCACAUUCUGUCCUGGGAGGGCACAGAUCACCCUUGCACAGCCAAUAACCCAGAAAGCUGCCUCGUCUGCCUCUCACCACAGGAUUUUAUCAACCUGUUCCGGUUCUGAUCUGCGGAGCUCAAUCUGGUUUUUUUCUUCCCCCUUAAAUUGGGAACUGCUUUUGGAUUCCGACACACAUUUCCAUGCUGAGCUUGAUUACUUUUACAUGUAAAUAUUGUAUAUUUCACAAAUGACUGACUCAAGACCAGGUGGAGAAUGAAUGGGGGCGGAGAUCAGUUUUGUCAUGAAGGAAGCGACUCGUUUUGAAGGAAACCAUGAGAGAAGAACUUUGCAAGGUGAUUUUAUUGGAACUUCUGAACGGAGGACUUCAUUGACUUCCAGAAUAAAAGGUUUUGUUGAAGUGAGCAAUGCAGCACGGCUUCCCUGAUGCGAUGAAGCACGUUGACUAACUGGUCACCAGUUUUUUUUUUUAUUGGACUAUUUAUAAGUUUUGUGUUUUGCAUUUUUUUUUCUCAUAGAACUGUCUAGGUCCAGUAACACUUCUAGUUUACCAACAUCAUGGUAACUCUUAUUUCCUGUGUAGCUCUGCUAUUCUGUAGCAGUUCCUUCAUAGACCUUUGCUAUACACCACACUCGUUUCUACCUCUGAACCUGUUAUCUUUUAACUACUUCUUUUAAGAGUAGGAGCCACAAGGACGAUUCCCUAAACCCCAUGGAGAAUUUGUGAGUUUGUAGAGUAGCUGCCCAAAAGUUUAAGUGGAAUGUGGCUGAGAGGUCUUUAAUUUAUUCUGUAUUCUAUGGACGUCCAUCCUAUUACCUUCAGAUCUUGUACAACAACUCCCACCAUCCUUCUAUCGACUGUCGGAAGGACGGUGGGAGUUGCUGUAGAACAGUAGAGGCCUGUAGGUUGCUCUACUACCAGAAUGGUGAAAGCACUUUGUGUAUAUAUAAACAUGAUCUAUAUAAGUCUGUAAUGGACGAACAGCACCUUUUUCUUUUUUUUAUCAUGGCGAAAGGUUCAUAUAGGAGUAUGUUCAUAUUAGGGUUGCCACCUUGUAAGAAUUUAUGUGCCAGCAGGGGGCAGUUACAAAAGUGGCGGUCAUAAUAUUGGCGGGUGAUAAAAGGGGGUGGGGCUGUAAUGUCAGGGAGAUCUGAAGAAGGCUCGGGAAGGAGAAAGAGGAAAAGAAAAGGUAAGUUUCACCCAGGUUCUGGCCUGGGACUUAGGGGGACUUAAGGGGAAUUACAAAUUUAACAGCAACUACAUUGCCAGUAAAUUUGUAAUUCCAGCCCUGGCAUUGGCAGGUGUUCUGCCAUCGAGGUGGCAACCCUAGUUCAUAUGUACGCAUAUCUGGAAGGAAAGGGUCGCCAUUUUGCAGCCAUGUUACCAGCCACGCAUACAAUCAGGGGUCGUUUUGGCUCUUUACUGUAUUUGAUGCAGUUGGUACUUCCAGUAACAAAAACAAGGGAAUCUCUAGAAUGUGCAAUUGUAUUUAAACUGAAACAACUUUUGAUGCUUUGUAAUACUUAUUUAUCAUUUUUGGGAGACUUUAGCAUUUUUUAAUUUUUCCCACAGUGUCUUAAAGCAAACUGAAAGUAUUCAUUCAAUCAUGAGCUCAAUCGCAGCAUGUACAGCACAAUUCAUAGGUAACCAAGCACUUUUUUUUUUUUACAUUUCUAUUUGUUAUAUUAUAAGGACAUGUUGCAAAAAUGGCUGUAAAUAGAGACUAUGUUGGAAAGGAUUUGAGCUGCUCCGGAUGGAGCAAUAUGUGCUAUAAAUAUUGGACUUCUUUGUGCAGAAUUACUUCAGGCAAUACCACUAAUAGAGCCAAGGUUCCGUUUUUGGUGAUAGUACCUUCAUACGUGUAAGUAUAUUAUUGGUCACUGUGAUCAAGGGCUUUACACUGUACCCCAAAUGCACCAGGUUUGCUCGACCCCGCUAAUUUCUUCAUAAUCUGCAGGUGAAUAUUAGUGGGGUGCGGCUUCCCUCGCCCCUCUAUCAUGUUAGCGUGGGUUCCAAAGCUGCCUCAGGCCUUGAGAAGGGUGUCGGCCCUGACCGUCACAUUACUAACCAGUAUGACCACUGUGUAAAUGACUUCAUAGCAGUCCUGCGCCAAGAUGUACCUGCGCCAAAGGUGCAAUAAUGAUGUCAUACAGUAAAGUCUAUGAAGCCUUUAAGCAAACUGGGGGCCAUACAAUUUUGGAGGGCGACAUCUGGCCCACAGGCCUCCAGUUGGACAGCUCAGGGUUACUGUAAGUGGAGCCAGCUCUGCACCUAUAAUCACUAUACACAGAAGUACUGGGAUCCAAAUGUGUAGUUUUGUGUCAGCUAUGGCUUCCCCAUAAGGCAACACCAGCCUGCAAACUAAAGGGGUGGUGGAUGAGUUAAACAAUUCAAUAUUGUAUAAACGUUAUUUGUAGCUGACUGUUUAAAUCUAAUUGCUGAUUGGUUACUAUGGGCAGCAUCAGCGAUGUUGUUGACUUACACACUAUAAUAAAUAUGCCCAUUAGAAGUGAAGUGAAUAUUUAAGUCCCUUAUGGAACGGGGAGACAACUGGGAAUGAAAUGAAAAGGAUGAAAACAUUGUUAGCUUGGGAUGGGACACCCCAGACAUAUAAACACCUAGAGCAGUAGGGGCUGAAUAUAAAGCAAACAAAACAACGGUACUUUUUAAAUGGGAUCAUUAUAUGAAGAUGAAGAGAACUACAUAGAACUGAUUAGGCCUGUGUUAGGCAAAAAAUAUAUAUAUUUAUCUGAAGUUGCUGGUGUUUACUCUGUUUCCCUGUAAAGAGCACAGAUUUGGUGCAGACGAAUUUCCUAGUGUUUAUUGAGUGUUUGAAUUCCUCCUCCUCCUCCUCCUCGCUGCCUCGUGUCAUUAAUCUGUAUAUCUGGUGCAAUAAUUGCAGGAGACUUUGUGAGAUGCGCAUUUUGCAAUUUAUUUUUUACAAUGUUCUGUUUGCAUCGUAUGGACAGGCUGCAUGUAAGAGAAUAAAAUUACGUGCAGGUAUCACCUUG